AUGCCCUUUUUGAGGAAAAUAGCGGGAACAGCACAUACACAUUCUAGGUCUGAUUCGAACUCAUCAGUCAAAUUCGGCCAUCAGCCGACCAGUUCAAUCGCAUCAAGCAAAAGCUCAAGCAAAAGCCCCCGUGCAACCUCUCGAAAAAGCAUUUAUGAUGAUAUCAGAAGUCAAUUUCCCAACCUAACCCCCAGCUCUACUACUUCACAGUUUUACGAAAGCACGCCAGCUACUGAACAAUCCUUUAAUUGGACAACAGAAGACCACAUCUCAGCUGGAACCCUUGAAACUCCAACUAGCCUUACAAACACUUCAUAUAAGAAUGAGAAUGCGCCUGGGAGCCUUUCUGAUUCAAGGAAGUCCUCUGGUGGUAACAGCCUAAAUAGCUUAUCGUUUGAUAAGCUAAUUCUAUCGUGGGAUCCUACAGAUCCUGAUGAAUGGACAAUGCAUCGCGUCACUUCGUGGUUUAAAUUCCACGAUUUUCCAGAAUCCUGGAUAUUAUUUUUCAAAAAGCAUCAAUUGUUUGGCCACAGGUUCAUUAAGCUGCUUGCGUAUGAUAAUUUCGCUGUUUAUGAAAAGUAUUUACCGCAGACGAAAACUGCUUCAUAUACCAAGUUUCAACAGUUACUGAAAAAAACGAUGACCAAGAAUGUAACAAAUAGCCACAUUCGUCAGAAGAGCGCGACCAAAUUCAAAGGUUCCAGGUCUUCCAGUGAAUCAAUUAAAUCAAAAUUGAAAAAUAGUAAAUCACAAGAAGAUAUUUCAAAUUCUAGAUCAACUUCUGAAUCUGCAUUAAGCCCAACAAAAUCAGGCCCCUCCAAAUCGGAUGAAAAGAAUUUUUUACAUUCUACUCAAACACACCAGAAGACUAAAAGCGCAAGUUCACUAUACAGAAGAAGUUUUAUAUCUCUAAGAGGCUCAUCAUCAAGCAAUGCUUCCUCAGUGAAAUCACCUUCAAACAUUAAAUUAAGUAUACCGGCUCGGCCACACUCAAUUAUUGAAUCUAACAAUACACUUACCAGGUCAGCGACCCCACCCGCAUCUCCUUCAUAUCCUAGCAUUUUUAGAAGACAUCAUAAAAGUAGUUCAUCUGAGUCGUCAUUAUUAAAUUCCCUUUUCGGUGCCGGUAUAGGCGAGGAACCUUCUACCAAGCCUAAUCCGCAAGGUCAUAGUUUGUCCAGUGAAAAUUUGGCUAAAGGAAAAUCAAAACACUAUGAAACUAACGUGUCUUCACCUUUAAAACAAUCUUCACGACCCACUUCAGAUGAUAAAGGUAAUUUAUGGAAUAAAUUCAAAAGAAAAAGCCAAAUAGGAGUUCCCAGCCCAAAUACGGUAGCUCAUGUAGCAUCUCAAGCAGCUCCGUCUUUAAAAUCAAAUUCAAGCACUGCCACUUUAACUGUACAAACGGGAGAUGUAGCUGUACCAUCACCAUCUUCAUCGCCACCGCUGAUGCCCAAAAUUUCAAACAAAAGUUUGGAGGUUACCAACACCGAAGGUACACCUGAACUUUCUUCAACUACGACGUCUUCUAAAGAAACAUACCUCGGUGGUGGUAAUACAGACAAGACAGUUCCAGCGCCAGUAAAUAAUCAAAAAUACAGUGUAAAAAACUUUCUAUUGGAACAAAAAUUUUAUCCUAUGAAGAAGACAACGUUAAAUGAUAAUGAAAACAAAUAUAUUUUAGUUACCAAGGAUAAUAUUAAUUUUAUUCCAGUGAACUUGAAAAGUGUGAAAAGAUUAUCUAAUUUCAAAGAGGCUGCUCUCACAAAAUUAGGAGUCAAUCACAAAAAUGUCACAUUUCAUAUGACAGACUUUGAUUGCGACAUUGGUGCUGCCAUUCCAGAUGAUACUUUGGAAUUCUUAAGGAAAAGCUUGUUUUUGAACACUUCUGGAAAAAUUUAUGUCAAAGACCAAAUGAAACUCCAACAGAAACCGAAGGCUGCUCCUUUCAGUUCAGAAAAUAAUGUUCCUUUAAAGUCGGUAAAAAGCAAGAGUUCAAUGAGAUCCGGGACAAGCAGUUUGAUAGCAUCAACCGAUGAUGUUUCCAUUGUCACUUCUUCUUCUGAUAUAACAUCAUUUGAUGAACACACGUCAGGGAGUGGGCGCAGAUAUCCACAAACUCCUAGUUAUUACUACGAUAGGGUUCCCAAUACUAAUGCCAACGAGGAAUUGAAUUAUUGGAAUAUUAAGGAAGUUCUUUCCCAUGAGGAGAAUGCACCUAAACUGGUGUUUAAAACAAGUCCAAAACUAGAACUCAACCUACCAGAUAAAGCAAAUAAAUUGAACAUUCCGACACCCAUAACAGAAAAUGAAAGCAAGAGUAGUUUUCAAGUGCUAAGAAAAGACGAGGGAACUGAAAUUGAUUUCAAUCAUCGGAGAGAGUCGCCUUAUACAAAACCGGAAUUGGCACCAAAAAGAGAAGCUCCAAAGCCUCCUACAAACACUUCUCCUCAGAGGACGCUAUCAACUUCUAAACAGAGUAAACCAAUUCGCCUAGUGAGGGCGAGUACAAAGAUUUCGAGAAGUAAAAGAUCUAAACCAUUGCCGCCACAAUUAUUAUCUUCUCCUAUAGAGGCUAGCAGCUCGUCUCCUGAUUCACUUACUUCCUCGUAUACCCCGGCUUCGACUCAUGUUCUAAUACCGCAACCUUAUAAGGGUGCAAACGAUUCUAAGCGCAGAUUGAAAACAGACCAGGACUCCACUAGUACUUCCCCCUCUUUGAAAUUGAAACAAAAAGUGAAUCGCUCAAAUUCAACUGUAUCAACUUCGAACUCAAUCUUCUAUUCUCCCUCACCAUUACUAAAAAGAGGAAACUCAAAAAGAGUUGUUUCAUCAACAUCUGCAGCAGAUAUAUUUGAAGAAAAUGAAAUAACAUUCGCAGAUGCGCCCCCAAUGUCUGACAGUGAUGAAAGUAGUGAUAAUGAUUCCAGUUCAUCCGAUGACAUUAUCUGGUCCAAAAAGAAAACAGCACUUGAAACUAAUAAUGAAAGCAAAAAGGAUGAAAAAAGUGAUAAUAUUUCUACACAUUCGGAUGAGAUAUUCUAUGAUUCUGAAAUGCAGGACAAAGUUGAGAGAAAAAUGACCUUUAGACCAUCUCCGGAGGUUGUUUAUCAGAAUUUAGAGAAAUUCUUUCCAAGGGCUAAUUUAGAUAAGCCAAUUACUGAAGGAAUAGCUUCACCAACAUCUCCAAAAUCCUUAGACAGCCUACUUUCACCAAGGAAUAUGUCUUCAUCCAGGGCUGAGCCAAGCACUCCUUCACGUCCCGUCCCGCCUGAUAGCUCAUACGAGCUCACACAGGAUGGACUUGGCGGUAAAAAUAAACCAUUGAAUCAAACUAAGACACCUAAAAGAACGAAAACAAUAAGAACCAUUGCUCAUGAAGCUAGCCUGGCGAGAAAAAACUCUGUAAAGUUGAAAAGGCAGAACACCAAAAUGUGGGGGACAAGAAUGGUCGAGGUGACCGAAAACCAUAUGGUGUCAAUCAAUAAAGCCAAAAAUUCGAAAGGUGAAUAUAAGGAGUUUGCCUGGAUGAAGGGUGAAAUGAUAGGAAAAGGUUCUUUCGGUGCAGUUUAUUUAUGUUUAAACGUUACUACAGGUGAGAUGAUGGCCGUUAAGCAGGUUGAAGUCCCUAAGUAUAGUUCACAGAAUGAGGCUAUUCUAAGUACUGUGGAAGCGUUAAGAUCUGAAGUGUCAACUUUAAAAGAUUUGGAUCAUCUAAAUAUUGUUCAAUAUUUAGGUUUUGAGAAUAAAAACAGCAUUUACAGUUUGUUUUUAGAGUAUGUUGCUGGUGGCUCCGUAGGAUCUUUGAUUAGGAUGUAUGGAAGAUUCGAUGAACCAUUAAUCAAGCAUUUGACAACACAAGUAUUGAAAGGAUUGGCAUAUCUACACUCGAAAGGUAUUCUCCAUAGAGAUAUGAAAGCAGACAAUUUACUUUUGGAUCAAGAUGGUAUCUGCAAAAUCAGUGACUUCGGCAUUUCAAGAAAAUCGAAGGAUAUAUACUCUAAUUCGGACAUGACCAUGCGAGGAACGGUCUUCUGGAUGGCUCCUGAAAUGGUUGAUACAAAACAAGGCUACAGUGCGAAAGUUGAUAUAUGGUCUCUAGGAUGCAUAGUUCUGGAAAUGUUUGCUGGUAAGCGCCCAUGGUCGAACUUAGAAGUUGUCGCAGCUAUGUUCAAAAUUGGAAAGUCGAAAUCGGCACCACCAAUUCCUGAGGAUACCUUACCAUUAAUAUCGCAGGUUGGGCGAAAUUUUCUAGACGCAUGUUUUGAAAUAAAUCCAGAGAAAAGGCCGACCGCUAAUGAGCUUCUUUCUCAUCCGUUCAGUGAAGUAGAUGAAACAUUUGAUUUCAAAUCUACCAGACUCGCGAAAUUUAUAAAGUCGAAUGAUAAGUUAAACUCUUCAAAAUUGAGGAUAACGUCUCAGGAGAACAAAACUGCAUAG